GUCUCCUUUUCUUUCUUCUCUCACCAGUGUAAAAGGUAAAUACUACAUGUCGUUGGUCUCUCUAUCUCUCAACCGUGUUUUCGAUGGCGAGUUCAGUACUGAAACGCAUUCUCUUCUUAAACCCCGAACACAAAUCCCUCUCCUUCGGCUCCUCGUCCUCCCCCUCGUCACCCUCCGAUCAGUCCAGAUCUCUAAUAGAAACCGUUGUUUCGAUCCUCACCCAGCAGCGCUCGAAGUCCCGGUGGAGCCACCUCCACUCUCUCUACCCCGACGGCUUCCAUCCAAAUGACUUUUCUCAAAUAACGCUCCUCCUCAAGAACAAUCCCCACCUUGCCCUCCGCUUCUUCCUCUGGACCCAACACAAGUCCCUCUGCAACCACAACCUCCUCAGCUACUCCACCAUCAUCCACAUCCUUGCCCGGGGCCGCCUCAAAUCGCGAGCCCAAGUCCUCAUUCGGACCGCAAUUCGUGUGUUCACAGAAGAUAACCAGGUACCGAAUCCACUGAAGGUGUUUGAGAGCCUUGUUAAGACUUAUACAUCAUGUGGGUCUGCUCCGUUUGUGUUCGAUUUGCUGGUUCAAGCUUGUUUGGAGACGAAAAAGAUCGACCCGGCCAAUGAGAUUGUGAGGAUGUUAAGGUCUCGUGGGAUAAAUCCGAAAGUUAGUACCUUGAAUUUCUUGAUUUCGCGUGUCUCGAGUUGUCGAGGAGGGAACGCCGGGUACGAGGUUUAUAGGGAGGUUUUUGGGUUAGGGGGCGAAGAAAAUGAGGUAAAGGCGAAACGGACUUUUAGAGUUAGGCCAAAUGUUCAUACUUUUAAUGCGUUAAUGGUGGGUUUUUAUCAGGAUGGUUUGGUUGAGAUGGUGGAGAUGAUUUGGAACGAAAUGGCGAGAUAUGACUGUGUUCCAAAUGGUUAUAGUUAUGGCCUUUUGAUCGCAGCCUAUUGCGACGAAGGGAGGAUGGGAAAGGCUGAGGAAUUGUGGGAGGGGAUGAAAGUUAAGGAAGUGGAGGCUGAUGUUGUCGGUUAUAAUACUAUGAUUGGUGGGUUUUGUAAGAUUGGAGAGAUUGAGAAAGCUGAGGAGAUUUUUAAAGAGAUGGGAUUGAAUGGGUUGGAUGGUAGCUGUGCAACUUCUGAGCAUCUUGUCAAUGGGUAUUGUGGUGUUGGGGAUGUCGAUUCUGCACUGCUUGUCUAUGAGGAUAUGUGUAGAAAGGGUUUUAGGCCGGAGGCUUCAACGUUUGAUGUGAUGAUUGGAGGACUUUGUGUUAAUGGUAGGGUUGAUGAGGCUUUGGAGAUUCUGAGGGAUGGAGUAGAGCAUUUUGGUUUGGUGGCAAAGGGGAAGAGUUAUGAGACUUUGAUAAAGGGGUUGUGCGAGGAUGGGAAGAUGGAGGAAGCAUUCAAGCUUCAGGCGGAGAUGGUGGGUAAAGGGUUUCAACCGAAUUUGGAGGUAUAUGGUGCUUUUAUUUACGGGUAUAUUAAAUCAGGGAAUGAGGGUAUGGCAGAAGUGUUGAGGAAGGAAAUGUUGGAAAUGCAGAUGCAGGAGAGAGAGAUUUAGAAUCUUCGAUGGUGUUGAAGCCUGGGCCCUGGCCAAAUUUCGUUGUGAACAUUCAUUGCAAUUUCUCAAAUUAGGAUGGGAAGGUUGUAGUUAUGAUAGAUUUCUUUUCAAAAAAAUACACUGCGAAUGGAGUAAAUUGAAAAAUAUAUGUAAUUUAAGAUACAAGAUGAAAUUUUUUGUAAUUCAUGGAUAGGAAAGGAGGAGUGAUAGUAUAUGGGUGAAAAGUGUAAUAAUUUCUUUUAUUUUAUUUUUAAUAAUUAAACCUAUUUUUGGGGCAAAAA